AUGGUGGAACACGCACUUGUGGACUGCUCCCAGGCGAGCGCCAUGCAAACCCUGCCGCCGCAGCCGCAUCGCGAGGAUGACGACCAACUCGCCGAUGAGUAUGUUCAAAAUUUCGAACUCGAUCACCUCGAGGAUCAUAACCUUGUGAAACGAGAGCCUCUGCGGACCGGAUGGAAUGAAUUAGUGGAGGCGCCCUCCGCCUGUGCCCGCGUCUGCCGCGCCUGGCCCGACGCGGGGCCCUACCCGCAGCCACACGUUGCCAUCGCUGUCGACCCGAGCACGCCGCCAGAAACGCCGCCGGUGCCCAUUGGCCGGAGCCCGUGCCGCGCGGCGCUCGUCGAUGACGUUCUGUGGUUACCGCACAUGAGAGAACCUUUAGACAUGCGCACCGUUCCCUGUGGCAAUUUUGAGGAAUGGGAUCGUCGGGAGUGGAGGGAACAGGAUCACCACAGCAUGCAGCAAGUUGCGCUCCGACCAGCGAGCUCCUGUUCGGCACUGUCUCCCCGUACCGGCGGCCAGCACCAGGGAUAUCAGACAUCCUCCUGCGGGGACGACCUCAUAAGUGAUGAGCUCCUUAUGACCCUGAGCGUACGUGAGCUUAACAAACGGCUGCACGGAUUUCCCCGCGAGGACGUGACGCGCCUCAAACAGAAGAGGCGCACGCUAAAAAACCGCGGCUACGCACAGAACUGCCGCAGCAAGCGGCUGCAGCAGCGCCAGGAGCUGGAACUGACGAACCGGUCACUGCAGGAUGAGUUGCAGUUACUGCAGCUGCAGGUGGCGCGCGUCACGCACGAGCGCGAUGUGCUCAAGCAACGGCUCUCGCUGAUGGGCCGCGAGCACACGGUGCCGCAGCACGCGCCGCCCACGCCGCACUCCUCGCCGGAGUUCUUCUCGGAGCUGUGA